ACAUGCCUGAGCCGCUGGGGCAUCAGGGGGCGCUGGCCGAAGCUCCCCAAAGCGCCUGAAUCCCGAGUUGAGUUGAUUUGUUUGUGUGUGAAGGGGGGCGGCUGGCAGGUGACCAGAAGUCGAUAAUGCCGAAAAACAGGGAGAAAUUCAACCCGGAUCCGUCCAUCCACAUCUCCAAGAUGAACGUGAUCAUCCCCUUCUCACCAGAUGUGCCCUGUGACAGCAACGGCCAGCGGAUGUGGUGGGCUUUCCUCGCCUCCUCCAUGGUCACUUUCUUUGGGGGUCUCUUCAUAAUCCUCCUGUGGAGAACUCUCAAAUACCUGUGGACCGUGUGCUGCCACUGUAACGCCAAAAAGAAGGAGGUCCAUCGGAUCACCACAGGCGAUGGCAUAAAGCGUGCUGACAAGGACGAGGCGGCGGCCAGCGAGGUGGGCUGGAUGACGUCGGUCAAAGACUGGGCCGGAGUCAUGAUAUCUGCUCAGACGCUGACAGGAAGAGUUCUGGUGGUGCUCGUGUUCGCGCUCAGCAUCGGAGCCCUCGUCAUUUACUUCAUAGAUUCGUCUGAUCCGAUCGAGUCGUGUCAGAACUUCUACAAAGACUUCACGCUGCAGAUCGACAUGGCCUUCAACGUCUUCUUCUUGCUGUACUUCGGCCUCCGUUUUAUUGCUGCCAAUGACAAGCUGUGGUUCUGGCUGGAGGUGAACUCGGUGGUGGACUUCUUCACGGUCCCUCCGGUGUUUGUGUCGGUGUAUCUGAACAGGAGCUGGCUCGGUUUGAGGUUUUUAAGGGCCUUAAGGUUGAUACAGUUCUCUGAAAUUUUACAGUUUUUGAAUAUACUAAAGACAAGCAACUCGAUUAAGCUGGUGAACCUGUGUUCAAUCUUCAUAAGCACAUGGCUAACUGCAGCAGGCUUCAUCCACUUGGUGGAAAACUCAGGGGAUCCUUGGGAAAAUUUCCAAAAUUCCCAGGCACUUUCCUACUGGGAAUGUGUCUACUUACUCAUGGUUACAAUGUCCACUGUUGGCUACGGAGACGUUUAUGCCAAAACCACACUGGGCCGCCUCUUUAUGGUCUUCUUCAUCCUUGGUGGUUUGGCCAUGUUUGCAAGCUACGUCCCUGAAAUCAUAGAGUUAAUAGGAAACCGCAAGAAAUAUGGUGGUUCCUAUAGUGCGGUUAAUGGGAGAAAGCACAUCGUGGUCUGUGGUCAUAUAACACUUGAGAGUGUGUCCAACUUUCUAAAAGACUUCCUACACAAGGACAGGGAUGAUGUCAAUGUAGAAAUUGUUUUUCUCCAUAAUAUUUCCCCUAAUCUUGAGCUGGAAGCCUUGUUUAAACGGCACUUCACCCAGGUAGAGUUUUACCAAGGGUCUGUCCUCAACCCACACGACCUGGCCAGAGUCAAGAUUGAAUCAGCUGAUGCCUGCUUGAUCUUAGCCAACAAAUACUGCGCUGACCCCGACGCUGAGGACGCAUCCAACAUCAUGAG